AUGGCAUCUGAAAACAAUACGGGGAGCAAUCGCGACGAUCAGAAUGCUACACAAAUUCAACCAAUGAAGAAAUGGAAAUCCGUUUCCGACAUUUAUGAACCAAGAAGACUCACAGUAACUCUCAGUGAAGGCACACUAUCGCUUCCGCAUCGCCUUGUUUGCAACGAAACUAUCGGAGUUUUGGAGGAGAACGAAAAACUUAAGGCAGAAUUAUUUAACUUGAAGAUACAACUGCUGUUGGUUAGAAAAAAAUACCCAUUAAUGCUGGACGGAAACGGAAAAAAUAUGACCAAAAAAUAUAUAGAUGCAAUGAUCGAACUGAACAAUGCGAGAAAUGAACGAAUCAGACUGGAAAAAAUGUGUUACGCACAUGAGAAAAAGCUCAAUGAACAAAGACGGAAAAUGCGACGUGAACGAAUCAUUCACAAGAAGGAACGCAGAAAUCUACUUAAGCAAAAGAGAAUACUUAAAUCGAAACUGAAAAAUACCCUCCAGAAAUUAGAUGACAAAUAUGAUAAGCACAUGUCGCCGAUACCGAACAAGGACACAAAAACCGAAGAAUUGAAAUUGCGAUUGUCGCUUACUAAUCUUAUUUUGGAGGAGGGGAAUCUAACACCCUGUGAGAUAACUGAACAAACUGGGAAAGACGAAGAUGAGCAAGAAGAAGGAUCAUAA